UUCUUUCUAUUCUUAUUUUUCUCUAUUCUAUUCUAUACAGGAAAAGUGUUACCAAGAGCUCUACGAUAUUUUUCAAGAUUCAGAUCGAAGACCAACGAUGGGAGAUCUGCAAAAAAUGACGUACCUGGAGAAAGUGAUUAGAGAAAGCCUGCGUUUGUUUCCAAGCGUCCCAAUGUUGGGAAGAGAGGUGACAGAGGAUGUGCAACUAGGUGAAUACAUUAUACCUAAGAACUCGCUCUUAGCCCUUCCUGUCUACACCCUCCACCGCGACCCAACCGUUUUUCCGGAUCCAGACAAAUUCGAUCCGGAGCGCUUCAAUCCGGAAGAGGCAGCGGGGCGACAUCCGUACGCUUAUGUUCCAUUUGCUGCCGGGCCCAGACACUGCAUAGGUAAUUGCACUCCAUUUUGCAAUAAUUAGGAACCCUACAAUUCC